AUGUUCUUGGGGCACCUAUAUCGCUUGCUUGACCAGAUUCAAUUUCUUGAGAAGGGGGCGGCCGGAACCAUGGCUGUGGAGACUUUUGUAAACUCCAGUUUUCUGCAGAUCUUUUUAUGGGAACGCUUCAAAGGGAUAGAGGUAUCUCCACUCCCUUAUUCAAAGGCUGAGUCACUGGUUGCUUCGGACGAGAAUUCCUACAUGCCGGGUAGUCUUCCUCUGAUCUGUAGAUGGUCCCGUCGCAUGAAACGGAAGGGCCAAAACUUUUUAGAGCUGCUGGACGAUGUUGAGCAAUUUAUUUUCCGUCCCUAUUGUGCCUCAUCAGAGGGCUUUAGAAGUAUGCCCCUCUACGCUGACUCUGCUGCUUUAAUGGAGGCCCUGGCCAUGCCAACACAAGGUUGUCGGUUACGUAGAGAGGCAUUGUUGAGUGCCGCAUGCCUCCCUUUGCCCACAUUUGGUGAUGACCACUUGGAGAUUUCUGUGCAUUAUUCCCCUUACCGGGUUAGACGACAGCUUGGGUUUGACCAAGGCGUGCCUUCUCGUCCCAACCAUGGAGGUUCCUUGACCUUGCACAGGGUUUUCUGGACUGGUGACAGUGUGCCGAGAGACGGCAGACCUCUUGCCCUUGCUCUGGCCAGCCGGCAGCGCGUUGGUAGUCUCUCAAAGGCCUACCAAAAUUAUUGGAACCGCUGUUUUGCCUCGUUCAGCCGAUUCCAUGCUGCCCAUUGUGAUAGAUUGAUUCCCACCAUCAUUCAUCAUGCCCGUUUAGUGUCGAAAGAGAAAGCCAUUUCCCUGAGCGAGAAGCGAAAUCUGCCCUUUAUCUCCAAAAGCGGAGAGAUUGUUGGUGACUUUUCGAAGCUAAAGCGGAAGUUAGAAAAGUCGGGUUCUCACAGCGCCGGGAAAAGUGUUGUACAUGGGAAACGGAAGCGCGAGGAAAGCUGCAGCGCCGAGAAAAGGCAAGCUGUAAAAGGGCCAAAAAGGUUCAUCCCCAAGGUAGCAGCAAGUGGUCCUCCUAGCUCAAGAAAAGUUGCCUUGCCGGAGCCUUUACAGCAGCAGCCUGUAGCUUCCGGCAGCAGCGAGCGAGCAGCUCCAAAAGCUUCAUCUCCUCACAGUACUUCCCAAAGUAAAGGCAAGGGUAAGGGGUUUUCCGUGACCCCGAAACGUCGAAGCAUGCGUAUUCUUGAAACGCGGUUUGCUAAUACCCGUAAGAAUAAAGGUAAAGACUCGGGACCCAAAGUAGUGGUGACGGUUGAUGAUAAUAGUGAUGAUGAUAGUGAUGACAAUGGCGCUGCGGGGACUGAGAUUAACAUUCAUGAGCAAGAGAGCGCUCGCGAUACGAGUGGCAUGGAUGAGGACCUUGAUGAAGGCCAAUACGAUAGUCACGACGAAGACACCUAUCCGGCCUUCGGCACUAGCUUGGGGGAGCUCGAUGGCUCAGAUACAACUCCUGCUUUGACUAGCGAUUCUGGACAGCGUGUCGAUGUUGAACUGGUCGUGCCCACCAUUGAAGGCACGAUAGGUGCUCCAUCGGAGGCUGAUUUGCUCUUCCCACUACUGUCGCUGAAGCUGUCCUGA